AUGAGGCAGACAGGUGGAGGGGCGACCAUUGAUUCUGCCUCACCAGUGUUAAAUGAUGAUAAGAGCCGGUCAUAUUUUACAGAGAAGCGGGUCGGUUUGGGAAAUAACUCAUACCUCGGGGUGGGUGGGCCCUCUUCUCAGCAAUAGCUUUCCUUACCUGGAUCGGGCGGACGGGGUCCUAAAGCAAAAAAGUCUGGCAGUAAGAAAAAGAAAAUCACCAAAGCUGAACGAUUGAAGCUGCUACAAGAGGAGGAAGAGAGACGCCUGAAAGAGGAAGAGGAAGCCCGUUUGAAAUAUGAGAAAGAAGAAAAGGAAAGGCUUGAAAUACAACGAAUUGAGAAAGAAAAAUGGAAUCGACUUGAAGCAAAAGAUCUAGAAAGGAGAAAUGAAGAACUUGAAGAACUUUAUUUAUUAGAGAGGUGUUUUCCUGAAGCAGAGAAAUUGAAACAGGAGACUAGAUUGCUUUCUCGGUGGAAACACUACAUUCAAUGUGAUGGGAGUCCUGAUCCUUCAGUAGCCCAAGAAAUGAACACGUUUAUUAGUUUGUGGAAAGAGAAAACAAAUGAGACUUUUGAGGAAGUGAUUGAGAAGAGUAAAGUAGUGCUAAAUUUAAUUGAGAAAUUGAAAUUUAUUUUAUUGGAAACUCCACCGUGUGAUUUGCAAGAUAAAAAUAUAAUACAGUACCAAGAAUCAAUUCUACAACUGCAGGAGCUCCUUCAUCUUAAAUUCAAUGUAGCCACAGAAAUACUUCUCAGACAAGCUAGUACUUUGGCAGAUCUGGACAGUGGAAAUAUGGAAAAAGUCAUUAAAGAUGAAAAUGUUACUCUAUAUGUGUGGGCAAACCUCAAGAAGAAUCCAAGGCACAGAAGUGUCAGAUUCUCUGAAACACAAAUUGGAUUUGAGAUUCCAAGGAUAUUAGCAACAAGUGACAUUGCUGUACGACUCCUGCAUACUCACUAUGAUCAUGUUUCUGCACUGCACCCUGUUUCAACACCAUCAAAAGAACACACUUCCACAGUAACUGAGCUUGUCAAAGAUGAUAUUGAGAAUGUAGAAAAAGCAAUCAGCAAAGAGGUCAAAGAAGAGUCCAAACAACAAGGAAAAAGGUCUCACUUAAUUCAGAAGGAAGAAAUAAAAGUUGAGGAGGAACGAGAUGAUAUUGAAGUGAAAAUGAGUUCUGCUGAGGAAGAAUCUGAAGCCAUAAAACGUGAACUAGAGAUGAAAAUAUUAAGUGAAACUGUUUCAGCAGCACAGUUGUUGCUGGUAGAGAAUUCUUCUGAAAAGCCAGAUUUCUUUGAAAACGACGUGGUGGAUUUAUGCCAGUUCACAACUCUGGGUGGAGUAUACCACUUGGAUAUUUUGGAGCUUCCUCCACAGUGUAAACCAGUGAAGGGAUGGAUGAUUGUGGAAAUACUCAAAGAAGGAUUACAGAAAUACACAUAUCCUCCAGAAACUACAGAAGACUUUGAGACAGAAAAUGCUUUCCCACCUAUAGAGGUCACUCUUGAGGUUCAUGAGAAUGUCAUCUUUUUUGAGGAUCCUAUGGUUGUAAGGUGGGAUGCUGAAGGUAAACAUUGGAGAACUGAUGGCAUCAGCAAUGUAUCCUACAAACCAAACAAAAGACUUGUAACAUUCAGCCUGGACACCUUUGGCCCUGUUACCUUGAUUCAAGAUGCUCAUAUUAACAUGCCAUACCAGUCAUGGGAACUAAGACCACUUGAUGUAAAUAAAGUACUUUUAACUGUGACUACAGUAUUUACUGAGAUUCAGAUACAAAUUAAGGAAAACCUCUGCAUGUUAUCUUCAGUCAAACUAAAAGACAAGAAACACAUCUCUAUUUUGGAAGGGACAUGGAUGACUCCUAUUCCUUUCAUUAUUGCUUUGAAAGAAGCUGGACUGAAUAUCUUUCCAACUAGACACUCUCAUUUUUAUGUUAUUAUAAACAAUAAGGUUCCUUUGGUAGAAGUGAAAGCUUAUCGACAGAUGGCCCUACUAAGUUCUGCUUUUGCGUUUGGUUGGAGCAAGUGGAACCUACUAUGUAAUUCUACAAAAGUUGUAUUUAAGGUGAGGGAACACCUUACUGAAGAAUGUACUGAGAAUCCUAAUUGGGCCCUUUUAAUGUUUAGUGGUGACAGAGCACAAAGACUCAAGAUCAAGGAAGAGAGUGAGGCAUUUUCUGAAGCGCUUAAAGAAGAAACUGAGUUUCAUUCUACUUUAUAUCACAUGGUGAGGGAUUUUUCUUCUAAAGAAGCAAUGGAGAAAGUCAGGAGUUCCAGCUGUCAGUUUGUCAACUCUGUGUGCCACAUGCUGCUCUCUACCAGAUUGCUCAGCUACUCCUAACCUCCACUUACAAACUGUAUUCAGUAUGAAGAACCAAGCAUGAUGAAAGACAGGUAUUUCUGCAACAGAAUGUAAUGAGUGAAUGAAUACAUUUCAACUCAACUAUUAAAAUUUUGUAAUCAGCA